CAUGGCACGUAGACGCAUGCACGUCGCCGUUCUCGGACAUCAGACUCUGCAAGACGCACGUAGGGAGCCUCGGUGGACUUUUUUUUUUUUUUUUCUGGUGAGAUAAGGCGAGAAAAGCGCAUCAGCAGGCUGAGUCAACAGAUCGAUGACUUUUAUUACGCAAGGUGACGUAGCCCCGCGGUUGCAUAAAUACCAGCGGCGGUGGCGUUACAGGAGCAAACUGGGAGUCUGAAGGCAAGAAGCUGCAGACAAGACAGAAAAAAAAAAAAGUCUUUUUGUGAUUAUUUGACCAAAAUGCAGGCAGUGCGUUCGUGUUCAACAUGUGCCGCCCGGGCCAGCGGACAACUUCUGGGCUCGCCACGAGAGUUUCCCAGAAAGAGAGGACCAGCAGGUGCACAACUGCUCAGCGCUCCAGGCAUCCUCUUCAGUGCCAGAGAGACAGCAAAGCGGAAGUUGGUGCACCAGCAAGCGUGUGCAAGCGCAAGGACGGCGCCUUUGAGUUCGAGCCACCUUGGCGCCGUCUCGUCCUUGCAACAAGCGGAGCAACUGAGUCACGACGCCCUGAUCGGAAGGGCGACGUCGCUGGUCGCCGACGGCACCAGCGCGCUCCUGUCGCAGAGCACCUUCGCCCUGGUCUACGCCCUCCGCGCCUACGCUAAGGCUGUGCACGCCCGCAUCACCCUGCAGAGACGUUUCCUGAUCUCGCUGGGAAAAGUGAGCCCGGCCGAGGAGGACUCGCUCCAGCGGGCCAUCUUGCAACAGAAGGCGCAGGUCGGCCAGCAUCUGGACGAAUGCAAACGCUUCGAGAGCACCUGGCUCAAGGCCGUCGACUUGUGCCAACGGGCGGCGGAAGCGGCGUCCGCGUCUGGGUCGGAGCAGGCGUCCGUCACCUUGAUGGCCAACGUCCGACUGGCGCGCUCGCACGCCCAGCCGGCCCGCGACGCGGCGGCGGCGGCGGACAAGAAGCUGGCCGAGACCAAAGUGGACGAGAUCCAAAGGAUGGCCGAGUACGCCGCCUCCCUGGAGGACGCCGACGAGCUGGAGAUACACGAGGCUUACCUGAGAGAGGACUGAAGAGGACACGCCCCUCAGCUGCGUCCGCAGAGUUGCGAUUCGGAAGCCGCACUCAACGACCGCUCGGCAUUCACAAAUUCACAUGUUCAUUUUAUGUUAUACUU